GUUCUACGAGUAUGGAUAUCAAGCAAGUUGAGAAGGAAGUCCGAAAGUCACUUUCCGAAGAAGACGCGCUCAAGGAGGCUGACGAGAGAUUAUUUGCUUCUGUUUUGGUGCGUAAGAUUGUCGCGGCGGCACUGCGUCGGGGUAAUCAAGGAAAUGACCAAGGAAAUGCAGAAGCUAUUAAGGCUCCCGGUCCCGUGUGUGAUAGUCAUGUACAACCUAGUUGGAAGCAUCCAUAAGUUGUUUCUUGCCAGCACUUCGUAUUUCCUUUAUUUUUGUCGUGGCCUCGAGAAAAGUAGCUGUACGAAACCACAGCUAGGACAUCAACGCAUACUCGACACGACUUACUUGUGCAGCACCACUCUAAUCUUCAAGAAACGGAACCAGCAUCAACUAAGGCAGCGGACGUCUCCAGCUCAUCCUCCGCGCUCCCUUCACUUGUCGAAGAUACAACCUGUCUUGCUGAAUGGGAAGAAAGUGGUAGCUUAAUAUCAGCACCCGAUCUUGAAGUACAUGAUACAGAUGCUGCCCGCGAAGAAAAGUCGAAAAACCGUGUCGAAGUUCAAAUGCUACCAACUGAAUAUCUAUGACAGGAAGUUGAAACUUUUCUACUUUUUUGCGAAAAAAGUCGUGAUAAAAGAUUCACACUUGUAGUGUUCAACCUCAACCUGACGUCAUUAUCAUGAAAUACAAUGACCCCACACUCUCAAAAUCACCGCUUAGAAGUUCUGCAGUUUACCCCUCAAAAGGAACGAUCGCCCUAGUACCGACUGAUUCCUCAACCUGUACACCCACUUCAAGCACAGGGCUAAUAAUGAAGCAUGCAAUCGUUAUGUUUUAGUGAUUCCUUUCAUAGCACCUCGCCUCGAAUCAGUACGACAAAAGUGCGACAUCGCUAGCGGCUCUAGUGGUGGAGCCGUUGCUUCCUGGUGCAUUCCUGGAAUGGCAGGUGCUCGAUUAAGGGUAGGUUGAAGGUGCUUUUCUUACCGCUUUUCAUGCCUCUCCUAAGGGAGAAAGGCAUAACAAGCGGGAGAACCCGCGAGCACCAAGAACCUACCUCUAACUCGAGUCCAGAUUGACGCAGGAGAGAGAUCUCUGCAUAUUCUUAUGGACCUGAUCCACUUGUAGUUGUGCAAAAUGAAAAUGAAAAUUAUUCAUCAACUACAAGGUGGAACUGAACUCGAAUUAGAAGGUGUAAAAAGUGAUUUAAGACAUGUGCAUCUACUGUAGUAACCCAUACUAGUAUCUGUAUCCCAUAGAAGUUCGAAUUCUCACGAUAUUAAGUCUACUUGUUUUCAGAAGUCUCUUCAUCUAAUGUUCGCGCAAAUCGACCAUCUAUCCUAUGAACGGAUUUUGGCGAUCCGUGACACAUGGGCCAAAACCACAGAAAGUCUCUUCUUUUAUCGUGCCAGUGGUCACGAUGGUUACGAUAUGUCUAGUGAAGAGGAUGAUGCUGAUACGGGUACGGGAAAUGAAGAAGUAGAGGAAGAACAUCCAGAGUUAUGA